AUGGUUCGCACGUACAGAAGAAAGACUGAUGCCGGAGAAUGGUCUCAAGAAAAAAUGAAAGAGGCUGUAAAUAAAGUCCAGAACAAAGAGUUGACCUUACGUAAGGCUGCUGAGAUUUUUGCAGUACCAUUCACAAGCUUACAGAGAAGAGUUACUUUAUCCAGGGGUAUUAUUAAACGUCGAGGUGGACAGCCAGCUUUAGAUGAGAACGCAGAAAAGAAAAAUGCUGGAAUGGCUGGCCAGGACUGGUUUCAUCGCUUCAUGCAAAGAAAUAAAAAAUUAACUAUUCGGAAGCCGGAGGGCCUGUCAAGAGCAAGGUGUGAUGGUAUGAAGAAGGAAAAAGUAGCAGAAUUCUUUAAUACUUUGGAAACAGUAGUAGAUAACAACAAUUUAAGAGGAAAACCUGAAUGUGUAUACAAUGUUGAUGAAACGGGUAUGCCGCUUAGUAACCGCCCACCCAACAUUAUAGCCCAAAAAGGUGCUAAAGAUGUUGUCAGCAUGACUAGUGUUGAACGAGGUGAAAAUGUAACCGUUCUAGCCUGUAUGAAUGCAGCAGGACAGUACAUACCUCCAUUUGUUCUAUUCAAAGGUGUGCGUAAACGUGACGAUUUUCUCCUAGGUAUGCCACCUGGUACUGAAGUUGCCAUGACAGAAAACGGCUGGGUCACCGAAGAAGCUUUUAAGUUGUGGCUGCAACAUUUCAAUCGCUACCGGACCCCAGGAAAAGUAGUUCUAAUUUUGGAUGGGCAUGCGUCUCACACCAGCUACUCAGUGGUAGACUUGUGUGACUCUUUCGAAAUUGAACUUGUACUUCUUCCUCCACACACAUCACAUGCCCUGCAACCGCUUGAUGUAUCGUUUUUCAAACCGCUCAAAACCUAUUAUCACCAACAAGCUACAGCAUGGCAACAUUCACAUCCCAAUCAAGGAAUCACAAAAGUCGCUUUCGGAGCACUUUUCCAACGGGCUUGGAAUCAGGCUGCCACUGUUGGGAAUGCUACAAAAGGCUUCGAAAAGACUGGAAUAUUUCCACUAAACGCCAAUGCAAUACCUGACCACAAGUUCAUCGACGUAAAGAUCACAACACCUCGCUUCGCUGGCACCUCGUGGCUGGCUCUCCACGCACUGCGAGGCGCCUACAAGCGCGUCAGGUUACGAAUGCGUGUCAGACCUGAACGCGCGCGUGGUGUACUCCUACUGACAGGCGAGCACGAUGACUUGUCCGGAGAUUACCUUGCUCUGUUGCUGAGGAAUGGACACGUCGAGUUAAGAUUCGACUGCGGCAGCGGCGCUGGUAUUCUCCGAUCCCCGGAACCGGUGCGUCUUGGCCGCUGGAACACGAUAUCCGUGUACCGCCAUCGCUGGGACGCCUGGUUGCGUCUCAACAGCGGUAAACGCGUCCGAGGACGAUCCAAGGGUCUAUUCUCAAGGAUGACAUUCCGCGAACCAGUUUGGGUCGGCGGCGCUGGUAAUACCACUGGACUUCAAAACAAGCUGAGUCUGUCUGAGGGUCUCCUUGGUUGCGUUGACUUCCUCAGAAUCAACGGAGACACGUACAGGCUCAUGAAAGAUGCUGUUGCUACUCAUGAUAUUGCGGAAUGCGCACCAACCUUAGCACCAUGGAAACCAUUCAGAGAAUCUACUACAAUUGAAACGAUUCAUCACAAGCACCCUGAUGGUAUCGGCUCUCGCGCAAUCUACGACAUUAACGAUAUUGUACACUUCGAAGAUAAUGACAUAGUGAUGAGAGAUGCAAAAAUCACAGACGAACAAAACAAACUCGACAAUUCAUUGCAACUGUUUAAGCCUUACAAAGAUUUUACUGCAAUCAGUAAACUAAAUCUCAAAGACAGAAGUAAAAAUACUGGAGUUGUUCUUGAUAUUGAUAAUGAUUUAAAAAUAGAUGACGUUAAAAUAAUUAAUGAAGGGAACUGCGAAUGUCAACAUGGCGGUGGUUGUGUUGGUGGAGUAUGCUUGUGCCCGUUAGGAUACGCUGGAGCAAAAUGUGAAAUUACAUUGGAUUUAAAGGUACCCCGUUUCAAUGGAUCUUCAUACCUCCGACUACCCAGUCUCGGCAACUCUGCACAAUCAUGGCUAGAUAUACAGAUAACCCUAAAACCCACGAGUGGAGACGGUCUACUCCUGUACAACUCGGAGCGUCCGAGUGGAGACGGGGACUUCUUCUCGUUGCACCUGAGGGACUAUUUUGUUGAGUUCGCUUUCGACCUUGGCUCGGGGAUUGCGCUCGUGAGGUCAGCCUACCCAUUAGAACCAAACGCAUGGCACAAAGUGUCAGUAAGUCGAGCAGGCCGCAGAGCAUCCUUGCGAGUCCGCCCCACAACAAACGUGACGGGGACGUCACGACUCGAGUCCUUCGUGACAGUACGUGAGGUGACCGACACGACGCGGUCGGUGACGUCACGUGGGGCUGCGAGAAGAUUGACGUUGAAGCAGCCUAUGUUUUUGGGUGGCGCACCUCAUCCUUUGCCGCCGAGACUGGCUUUGAAAUCGUCUUUUAGUGGAUGUGUUGGACAACUGGUGAUCAACGACGAAGAGCUGUCAGUUGUGUCGUCAGCACUUGGCGGAGUCAACGUAGACAACUGUGAAGAUCCCAAGAACAACUCUUGCUUAGACAAGAAUCUGUGUAAAGAGAAGCUGGAACCAUCAUUUCAUUAUCCCACAAAUCUAUCAGAAAAUGACUUCCACCAUUCCAUAGUACCGAAGAAGGGCAUCCAGUUAAAAUAUCACAAAAUAAAAUCAAAGAAACGCACGCAACACUUUCAUACGGAGAAAUACAAAAGUAAGAAGUACGCAGCGGUAAAAAUGCGCCAAUAUAUGCAGAACGACACACCCAAUAACGAGGUGGUGACUGAAGGACCAGCCUACGAUGGACAAACGUACAUGCAAGUAAAAUAUUUGGACAGCAACGAAAUCAACUGGGGCGAUACGAACUCCUACCCGAGCUUCAGUGGGAAAGAUAGCUUCAUACACAUAGACGACGAAGAGACAAUGAAAAGGCUCCUGAGCUACGGGCUGGACAUCAACAUCCGGUUCCGCGCGCGCGCGCCGCAGCGGCUGCUUGUGUGGAGCGGGCGCGCGCGCGCCCCCGCCGCGCCCGCCAUCCCGCACGCGCCCCCCUCCGACUUCUUAUCACUCGCCAUUGAGAACUCAGUGCUCGUGUUCAGAUACGAUCUGGGAAGCGGAGAAGUUGUGAUUAUAGCGAAUCAUACAAAAGUCGACGAUGGUCUGUGGCACAGAGCACGAGCGACGAGAAAUCGACAAGCCGGCGUGCUUGAAGUGGAUGGGUUAGGCUCCAUCGGCAAAAUAUCACCAGGGAAACUGAAACAACUUAACACAGAAAAUGGUCUUUACAUAGGUGGAUUGCCGUCUAUAGAACUGAACACCAUGGGAAAAUACAAAAGCGGUUUAAUAGGAUGUGUAUCCCAAAUAUCUCUUAGUGGUGAUUUUGAUAUACCGCUUUCACUGUCGAAGCUUCCACAUACAAUCACCAACAACGUUGGAAGAUGCACUCCAUAA